GAGCUAAUCAUCGCUCGAUCGAGCGUCGCGAUCUUUUUUCUCAGUAAAAGUUUGUACGCGUUCCGGCCAAGUUGUGCCCGGACACGGUCGUUCCGCCGAACGUUCCGUACCUAAGUUGCGCAGCUACUGUUUUGUGUGUGCGUGUAUGUUGUUGUCACUCUGCAGGUGAUUCCCAAGCUGGGCAAGGUCAAAAGUGUUGCCGGAGUUUAUCUUCCGGAGUUUGGAACUGUUUUGUCGCCGUGGUUCGGGGCUCUCCACGAGUCAGCCAGUGUGCGUCGCAUCUGUGCAUCUGAUAUCGCGUUGUGUACGAUCACAUACACAUCUGCACACAACUGCAGCAAAUGUGCGUACGCGUGUGAAGGCUAAUCCAUCACAAGGCAAAUCGUAAAUAACAACACGGCGCGCGCGUGCUUGCUCGCUGUCAAACAGCUGUCCCGGGGUUUUGAGAUCCCGUCCGUACUGUGCGGUGCUGUGCCCCAAGCGAGAUGCGAUCUGUGGACCCCAGUAGCGUCAGGUGCUAUGCAGUCCUGAUGCUACUGAUUUCCAUCGGUACCGUGCAUACCUUCCGAAGGCAUCAUCACCGGCAACAGUCCUCGUUCGUCUCGAGAAAUGACUUCGACUGGCGUCUCGCUCGUGAAGUUUUCCAGCACGAGACCUCGAACGUCGUGUUUUCACCGUUCUCGAUCAAACUUUUGCUCACGCUGCUGUACGAGGCAGCCGAACCGGGAACCGCUACCCAAACCCAGCUCGAAGUGGCACUGUGCGAUCCCGACCUGAACCGGACGCGUGCCUUUUACGCCCAGUUUCUGAACGCAUCGGAGCAAACGAACGGUGACUAUGAGUUCGACAUUGGGACGAAAAUGUUUCUGGAUAAAGCGCACGGGAAGCUGCCCCAGGCGUACACGGACCUGCUGGAGGCGACGUACCGCACCACGAUCGAUCGAGUAUCGUUCAAUGGUACGAAAGUGGCCACCGAUCGGAUAAACAGCUGGUGUGAAAAGGUAACCCGUGGUCGAAUCACGGAGCUAGUGACAGAAGACAUGAUUCAGGAUGCAGAACUAAUCCUCGCCAACGUGCUGUUCCUGAAGGCAUCCUGGAAGAACUCGUUCCCCGACGACCAAACGCACAAUCGCACGUUCCACGUCACCGACGGCGAAACAGUGACGGCCGAGUUCAUGAACCAGAUGGAUCUGUACGACUAUACCGACCACGAGGAGCUCGGUGCGGAAGUGUUACGGCUACCGUACAAAGGACGUCAGUUCAGCAUGAACAUGCUGCUGCCGCACCGGAACGUGUCCCUGGCGGCGCUAACCAAUUCCCUCACGCCCACCAUGCUCGACUCGAUAGCGCAAAAGUUCGUGCGGGAGGAGGUUACGGUGGUGAUACCAAAGUUUCGCUUCAACUACGGCACACUGCUGAACGAAGCCAUCCAGAGCCUGGGUAUAAGCGACAUUUUCACUCAGAGUGCAGCACUGCCGCUACUUUCGCCCACCAACGAGCAGGCGCCCAACAGUACCAGCAAGAACAAAAUACAGGUGUCGAAGAUGCUCCAGAAAGCAGGAAUCGAAAUCAAUGAAAAGGGAACGCUAGCUUUCGCUGCUACAGAAAUUCAGCUAGUCAACAAAUUUGGCUACGACGGCGAACCAAUCGUGUUCGAAGCCAACCGGCCGUUCUUGUUCUACAUACUCGAUGAGGAAACCAAUGCGCUGCUGUUCGUGGGCAAGGUGACGGAUCCUACGCGCAGCACACCCUAACCGCUGCGACUACACACUAGCCGUAAGAAGAUCGUGCAUCUGGACAAACGUACCACAGCGAUAACCAUACGCUUGAUGUGAGUGGCCCAAGUACAUAAAUGUACGCACGACGCAAGCAGCAAAACCGUUUAUCUAUUCUUUGCGAGCGCGUACGGUGGGUGUAGUUUGUAACGAAACACUAGAACAAGCCAACUUUCAUUGCCGAUCGCGCGAUGGACGCGACACCGACUGAAAAGAGAGAAAUAGCCCUCCCGCUCCAAAUAGCCGUAACCACUCAAUCAAUCGCCCUGCAGCCGCGCCAGGCGCAAUCAUCUGUUUUAAGGUUUGCCACCAUGAGCUUUGGAAGUGUAACAAAAUAUUCCUAGUUCCUUUAGCGUGUAAGUUUUGAUAAGAAAAUAAACAAUCUGCUUUGCAAUAAAACGGAACAGAGCGCGGGAUGAAGAAUCCCCGGUUGUGAGA